AUGACGAUAUCACACGACCUGAGCGCACCCUUGAUCGUAGUCGUUGGUGCAACUGGUACACAAGGCGGUAGUGUCAUCAACAACCUCGAUGCCUCUGACAAGCAAUACCGUAUGAGGGGCCUCACAAGAGAUAUUUCCAAGACUAGCGCCAAAAAGCUAGCCGAGAGGAGAGUGGAGAUGGUGUCUUGCGACAUUCGCGUCGGCGAGGAGGAGCGAGUACAGAAAGUCUUCCAGGGUGCUACGUACAUUUUCGCAGUCACCAAUUACUGGGAGCACGUGGACAAAGCUCGCGAAAUUGCCGAGGGAAAGCUAAUGGUUGAUGCCGCCAAAACCGUUGGCGUCGAACUUUUCAUCUGGUCCUCUGAGCCCUCUGUGACCAAGGCUUCAAAAGGCACAGUCACUAAGGUGUCACACUUUGACUCAAAGGCUGAGGUGAGCGAAUAUGCACGCUCAGCAGGCAUUCGCGUGGUUGAUGUCCACGUUGGCGGUUACAUGAACAACUUCACGACAUUUUCGAAACCUCGUCCCGCAGGUGACGGAUCCUACAUGAUCGCGAGCACGUGGAAUCCAACAGCCCGAAUGCCAUUGAUUGACACCUUUCACGACGCUGGACUCUUUGUGCGACAGGCCAUUGAGUCCGAAGAGUUUAACAGUGGUGAUGGCCGCGUUAUUGGUGCCUAUGGCGAAUGGGUAAGCAUUGAGGAUCAAAUGGAAAUCUUGACCGAAGCCACUGGAAAAAGAAUUCGAUAUCUCCAACUCACUGACGAGCAGAUGGCAGCGGGGAUGAAGGAGGAAGGCAUGCCUCAGCACGUCAUUGACGACAUGCUCGGAAUGUUCCGUUUUCAUGACGGUAUAUGGGAGGACACCUACCUCCACAGCAAUCGAGGCACCCUUGCUAGGGCGCCACGAACAUUCAAGGAGUACUGUGAAUUGGAGCAUUGGGACGGCGUAUUCACGUGA